AGUACAACUACUUUGUCGAAAGCAUCUCUAUCGAAGGCUCUCUCGAAAUCUACAGGUCGUACAACGAUAGGACCAGGUUCCACUCCAUCAAGAAUUACAAGAAUAUCUUCAUCACGGUUAAAAACAAAGAGGACAGCGACCUUGUCGAGGCGAAAAAGUGCUACUACUACUACUACUAUUCGUGGAGAUCGUGGCACUGAUCCGUCUGGCGAUCGGGGUCUUGAAGAAGGGAAAGAAGAAGAAGAAGGACAUCCUGGAGCGACUCUCAAGCCUGAUUCUUUACAGCGACCUCUCAGUGGCACCUUUGAGGAGGAGAAGCUUCUUGGUCUUCACGAAGAGGUGGAGGCAUCAACACGAGAAAGCACUCCAAAGCAUCCUCUACUUGAAGAAGACGAAUUGCCGCAAGCAGGUGAGCUGGGUUCUGCUGGACCCGAAGAAGAGCCUUUGUUAAGAGCCAAAAGUGUCAGUUUUCCACGCGACGAGGUGCGCAGGACGACGAGAGGAGGGAAAUCACGGAAAACCAGAAUCCUAGACUAUAAUGCUGAAGUUGAGUGGUCUCUAAACCGUGGAAGCUUACUGCGUCGCAUGUUUUGCCUCAAAGAAGGCUGGCUAUUUGCGCCGUUGCGGUGUAUUUUAACUCCAAGACAAGAGAUACACCGCCACAAAGCGAAGAAGCUGGCUCGCGCGAGGAAGGAAAGUCUGGAGAAAAAAGAUACUAAGCCUUUGGAGUUGAGCAAAGAAGAAAUUCGAGAAGCUGUGAGGGCGAUACUUCUGGAAGAAGGCUUGAUGGGGUCUUUUGAUGGUUCAUCUGCUGGGGGAAAAGGGGUGUCGACUAAACUGAUGGGGGACCACAAGGGGCCUUCGAUUCCGAUCGCUUCCACAUCAUGCACGACUGCCCCUCCUGCCCCUUCUGCUCCCAGUACCACCUCCGACUCCGUCAACACGACAACGACAAGUAGUACCACGACACCCCCACGACCCCUCGAGCCUUAUACUGGCCUCUCAGUCUUCGAUGGUACUUCUGUCGCUGUCCGCGUGGUCGAAUACGAGAGGAAGUUUAGGUCGGAUAUUCACACGGCCCUCCAAGUCGGCUUUACCAACUAUGAGGUUUUAGACAGCAAGAAAAACGGAGCUAGGAUCGUAGUAAAUCGGAACCCAUGUUCUCGCGCUGAAUUAGUAAGAGAAUGCGUUCGAGAAGCUAGGGAGACUUUGAAAGCACGACUUCAGAACAGAGCUGACAACCGAGCUGGAUGUGGUGGAUCGUCUACUUUGGAGAGCAAUAAAAAAAGCCAUACUUUGGAGAAGACAAAAAGUUGGGCUAGAGCUUCCGAAGCUUCAGCAUCGAAUGGUGGUAAAAACAGAAACGAUGGAAGACGAUCUGAUCGCGCUAGCCCUCAAGAUGAACGUGAAGAUGUUUACAGCAAGGAAUCUGAAUCCCUCCUCAAGAACAAGAGCGGCAAAGUACUAUCAACCCAUAUUAAUUCCCAAAAGAAGUUGAACUGCUCCAACGACAAGAUAAGUUGUCAACAGUCAUCCCAAAAGAACUACUACCCUGAAAACGACAGCCAAACGCAAACAAUCAUCAAGCUAUCGGGAGACGAAGUCGCUCUUUCCCGUGCCUUAUUCCGCGAGGAACUAUCUCGUCUCAAAGAGCGCUAUUCUAGGAACUGUUUGGGCCAUAAGGAGCCCGAACGCUGCUGGAUGCUGGGUGUGCCGCCUUCGCCGGCUGGUGCGAUGCGCGUUCGCAGGGUCUAUGAAAUCGGUUUUAUUGCCUCUUCUUCAAGAGACGACUUAGAGGCCUGGCAAAGUUGUAUGUUGAGGAGAACACUCUUGUAUGAGGAGAAUGGAAACAAAGCUGCUGGGCCUGGACCUUCUGUUGCUCCUCAAGGUCCUGGAAUCACGGCAAUGAUCGCACCACAAGGAGUAAAGCCAGAUCCGGAUACGAGCGUUGAAACGGCUGUACUUCCCACUCUUCCCACCUCUACAACUAGCAAGGGAGAAAAAGUUACAGCAGGUCCUCUCUCCACAACGUGCACAACGACCCAGCAUCAUGUGCACAUCGACGGCCUAUCCUGCUCCAGUACGUCAAAGUCAAAUGGCGCCCGUGCUUUCGAAUAUCUCCGAAAGAUGCUUGCUGUUCGCAUCAAGUAUAGCGGGAUAUUCAACAAUUGUGUGCAGGUGAAUAAAGACAUGGCAGAUUUUCUGUUUAGGAAAGGUCUUUUCGUCAGGAAUCGUGAAGGCUAUGCUAGGUUCUCGCGCGUAAAUUUUCGGAAUGCGGCGUGGGAUAAGCGCACACGGACAGACAUAGUAGGAUCCAAACAUAUGCUUUUGGAUAGGAAAGGAAAUUUGAUCCGAGACUAGCUUGCAUAGCUGGUUUGAACGACAUAAUAACUACCCCAUACAAGCAAGCUGGUUUGAACGACAUAAUAACUACCCUAUACAUGAUUCUUGUUCUGACUGUAAUCAUGACACCACGACCUCUCCUAUUGAAGAUACACCUGUAUUUGGUCACUGCCCAAUCAUGACCCACACAACCCAUCUUCAACAUGACAGUAAGGAGUUUGGUAUUUUGUUUCUUUAGUACCACCUUUUGCGAAGAGUAGCGUUAUCCAUUACCAGUUAGAUCUUCGGAAAGUCUCAU